AUGCCAGAAUUAAUGAUACCCUUAGUUUCUCAUGAACUAUAAAUUAAUAACCUUCAUCAAAUGACCAGGUCUAUUACUUUGUCAGAGAAUUCAGCCAUGAUAGAAGAAAAACAAUAUUAACAAAACCACCCAUCCGAAAAAAAGUUCUCCUAAGGUUCAGAAAACGUAUAGUAAAUUGUAACUCCCAAAAGGAAUGGUCUCGAUUAUAAUAGAGAAUCUCCUUUUGUCAAGAUCAGUGUGUAUAAGCAGCACCAAAUGGCUAAUUAGAAAAUUUACAUUCUCUAAGAUGACAAGAUUAUUGGAAGCAAUCAAAUAUAGAAAAAUGAAAUAUAAAUUAUUCGUCGUAAGAAGCAAUAGCAUUUAGGAGAUAAUAAUGUGGAUUUGGGUCUUUCAUCAUAAGAAUCAAAUGUUGAGCAGGUCCCUUGCAAAAUUUCAACUGAAUUUGGUUUCCGCCAUUCAAGUAGGAUCACUUCACAAAUUUUAUGUUUCUUAUCUUUAAAGUAUUUCCAUAACAGAUUUUCAGAAUUACCUUCAAAUAUCUUCAAACUUAUUCACUCAUUUAUCAAAGAAAAACCUAAAUUCUUCGUAUAGGAUUGCGGCACUACUUUGAAAACCUUAAUUAGAAUAUAAAAGGAGAGUCCAAGAAUAAUGAAUGAAAACAACAAUUAUUUAAUUGGAGCUGAUUUCUAUUUCCAUGUGGUUCAAUUAAAUUCGAUACCAUAGUCAAUUGAAAAUAAGAAGAAGGAUAAGGAUAAGGAGAGUCCAAAUGAGUACUUCUUUUAGACUCUUGUUAGAGAAAAUGAAAAAUAUAGAGCUCGAAUUCAUGGUUUGUCUAAGGAAGAACAAGAAUAAUUCUAAGUACAUUUAGAAGAAUACAGAACAUUAAAGAAGAAGGGAAGGAAAUAAUAUCAUCUUUAAAAUUGUAAUAGACCAUUCCUUAAAAUUUAAUUUGAUACCCCAAUCUCUAAACAAAUUGCUGUUUUUAUUGGAAAGGCUGGCUUUGAAUAAACUUUUAAGAUUGGAAGAUCUUAGGAUUGUGACAUCAUUGUCAAUAUGAAUACUGUCUCUAGAAAACAAACUUAGAUUAAAUUUAACAAAACUUAAUGGGAAAUAUGUGAUGGAGAAGGAAUACGAUAAUCUGCUAAUGGAACUUGGCAAUCCUUAUAACCAUAUGAACAACCCAUUUUGGCUACUAAAUUAAAACAGAGUGAUCCAUUCCUGAUUGAGGAUAAGAUGGAAAUUAAAAUAUGUGAAAACAUUUUUAAAUUUGAAAUGGUGGGAUUUGGAGUUUCAAAAAAACGAAAAUUGACAAAUACAUUAUACUAGGAAUUAACUUAAUACAAUUGAAUUUCAUUUUAUGUGAUUUCAACAGUUUUA